AUGACCAUCCCACCCCUCGACCCCACUUACCCACUCUGCGCCUCGACUGUCCCCGCGGAAGGCUUGCCCUCGAGCGCAGACGCAGCCACGCCCCUCCUCAUCGCCUUGGUCAAGCAGUCGCUCAACCUCGUCCGCUCGUCCCAAGCAUGGAAGAAGGGCAAGCAGUUCGGCAAGGAAGACCAGAAGGAGGGCGGCAAAGUGCAAGCGCUGUACUGCCCGAGCGAUAUGGAGGGACGGCUCAAGAAGUGCGGCUGGCAUGCGCGCUUGUCCAAGCACAACCCCGUGGAAGGAGGAUUGAGCUUCACGGACCUGUACGAUGGGCUGGGAACAGAGGACCACACCUUGAACGAGAAGGGAUACAUCAGCGAUAUCCUCGAAUCGCUGCAGGUGGGCGUCGUCAUCCCCGGUCGAGCAGAGGUGUGGCGCAACUCAUACAAUCUGCCGAGCUUGACCGCGAAUCGCGACUUUGUCGAGCUCGUCGUCACGCUCCCCUUGCCACCGAGUCCGGAACCUUUCAGCCCCGCACAUGAGGAGGUCAUCCUCAAGGCGCUCAGUACCAAGCCCUUGCAGCUACCGCAGGACCCCGGAUCCCCGAGUCAGGGGCGUCGCUCUUUCUUGGUCGUCUCCCUCCCCGUAGCCCACCCUUCGGCACCCGAACGACCAGAGGAGUUUGUACGCGCCAAGUACGCUUCGGUCGAGGCGGUCUGGGAGGGCGCGCACCACGCCGAGGGGCAGGAGCCGGACAUCGAAUGGCUCAUGGCCGUCCAAUCCGACUCGAGCGGGAAGAUCCCCCUCGUCUUCCAAGAGAUGGCCAUGCCGGGCAAGAUUGCGCACGACGUGCCCCUCUUCUACGAGUGGGCGCGCAAGCAGAAGGCGAAGCAUGGGAGGGUGGGCCACGAUGAGGCAAGGAAUGUCGUCGAGGGGCAAGGGGCAGGGACCAGCGCUGCGCCGGCCGCUGCGACGGUUGAAGGUGAGGGGGCAGCACCUGUGGGGCCAGCUUAG